CACGAACAAAGGGUGGAGCUUGGGUAUUAACUGCAGAACUUGGACUCCAAGGAAACCACCAGUGCCUCCCUUGAGCUAUACACGAUAGCACUAAAGCAGGAACUUGCCAGGAUUUUGACCUGCCGAGUACCAAAAAUCCACAAUGAAGACCCCACUCGCCAUUGAGCACUGAAGAUGGUGUUACAUGACUUCACACCCUACACCAAACUUAAGGAGAAGCAGUCCAGCUUGAAACCCACAAAAAGCCAAUGAUCUCGACACGAAAGGAAAGCUUAACUUCCCCCACCCUGGAGGAUUCAUUUUUUCCCUUCUCUUCAUCGACCCCUGUUUCCCGGCAUCGCAUCAUGGGACUGGGGGUCAGAGCAAACAACCUGCUGGCAUCCCACACAGACCAGGACAGCAGCUCAACUAUGUUGGAGAAGGAUCUCAUCCUGGCAGCUGAGGUGGGCCAGGCUCUUCUGGAGCGGAACGAGGAGCUGCAAGCUCAGCUGGAACAGAUGAGGAGAGACAUUGAGGCUUUGCAGCAGGAGAAGCACACGCUACAGAGACACCUGGAGGUACAGGAACUAGAGGCAGGGCAGCGGGAGGCAGAGCUACAGGCUGAUAUCGCGUCGUUACGACAACAGUACGACCAGAAGCACAACCAGGGUCGAGACCGACGGCGUGAAGAAAGUGAGCAGCUUACGCAACUGUCCAAUCACAACCAGAAGCUGGUGGAGCAGUUGGCCGAGGCAGUGUCUGUGGAGCACUCUCUGCGCCUAGAGCUACGCUCUCUUAAAGAGGAAAUGGAGGACACGAGUUUCAGCAGAUCGAUAAAUUCUGCUCGCCUGGACAGCCUACAAGCAGAGAAUCAAGUUCUAAAAGAGCGGUUCUCCAACAUGGACGAGCGGCUGAAGUCAUCAGAUGAGGACAACGAAAGGUUGAGGAUGGAGAGGGAGGGGCUGCGUGCAAGACUCCUAGAACUACAGACCGACCUGAAAGAAAAGGAGUGUGAGCUGGAGCAGCACCAGAGUGAGGCGUUCCAGCUGCGCACCAUGAACCGAACCCUCCAGCAGAAAGUCCAGGCUUUUGGAGAAGAGGCAAGUCUUGAGGAGACCACAUGCUUCCCUCUGUCCCUCCAGAAUGAACUGCAACAGUCUCAGGCUAAAGAAAGCAUCUUUGCCCAUUCUGCUGUCCUGCAGGAGAAAGAUGAGGAGAUUGAAAGGCUAAAGAAAGAGCUUGAGUCCAACCAGUAUGAAUUGGCGGCAUUAAGAGACGAAGUGAAGCUGUUUCGCAGUGAUCCCAGCAAACCAACAUACAGUGCUUUGGAAGAAGAGCUCGCUGUGGCCCGGCAGGAACGUGACACGCUCAACCAGCAGCUCCUGAACACCAUCAGACACAAGGUGGCGCUCUCUCAGGAGGUCGAAUCAUGGCAGGAGGACAUGCGUCUGGUGAUAUCCCAGCAGGUACAGCAACAGGUACACGAAAGGGAGAAAGAGAAACAGAAGAUGGCAUCGCCUCUGCAAAGAAACAUUCGCACAAGCAAGUCUUUCCGUUUACCAAGAGAGGAGGGGAAGAAGAACUUCUUCUCUUCUUUGUUUGGUGGGGACUAAAAAAAAAAAAUUAAAAAAAAAAGCUGACUGACAAAAAAACAAAAAAACAAGAUGAGGACAUGAAACUACUGAAAGGACCAAAAGCAUAUUUUUGGCUCAAUAUCAGGACAUAUCAGGACAAUAUAAACCAUAUGAAGCAGACCAAACAAUGUAUAAUGGCAUGGCAUUCAUGCAUAUUUAUUUUGUCUAUAUACAUUCUUGAUGUAUAAAAUAUGACACAAAUGUUUAUUAUGAAAAGUGUUGAUAAAAAUCCUUAAUAUA